UACAAAAGCAAAGUGCGUGUCAAUCAAGUACGAAAACGAAAAUUUGUGCGGAAUUCCCAGCCAACGAUUUUUAUGUAAAUGACGACAGCUGACCGCCGGCUGGACGUCAGCAGGAGCAGCGGAAGCGGCAGCGGAAGCGGCAACAAGACGGCCAGGAUCGGGAGACCAGAGGAACCGCAGCCGCAGCCGCCGUUCGUGGAUCGACGUCGUCCGAACGGGAUCUGGUCGCUGAUCACACUCGCCUUGGUCAUGGCCCAGUUGCAGCUGUUUGCCCACUCCGGCGGCGGCGGUUGUGGCGUCUCAGCGGCACCCGCUCAUCACUCACCAACUGCUCCAACUGCUGCUCCCAGUGCCAGCCAUCUCCUUAAUCCCAGCAAGCAUCUACAGAAGCGUUCGCAGGCGGUCACUUUGCCGCUGAGCUUCCGGCAGACGCUGAAUGCCAGCAGCACGCAGCUGGACUGGGAGAACACCUGCCACAUGAAGCCCACGGGUCUGAACGAGGCACACAGCAAGGCGAAGCGCUGCAAGAAGCGCCAAAAGAUCCUGCAGAAGCUGCAGAACCAAACUGGCCGCGAGUUGAAGGCCAUCCAGGACGAGGACCGGGCCAGGAGCACCAUCAAUGCGGAUCAUCCAUUCACGAACAAUACCAAGACGCUCGAUAUCGUCGAUAAGAACAAGUGGCGAUUGCACACGGAAAACUACAGUUUCCUGCCCCGUCUGAAUGUCACUAGCAAGCAGUUGAACCUUCGCCACGCCCACCGCGACCUGCAGUUCUACGUGGGCGCCUUCUCCUACAUGCGCAACAUCCAGUGGUACUGGGACGUGACCAUUCGGCAGGCGAGGACCGUGCUCACCGACGAGCUGGGCCGGCUGCGGAAGUCCGCCCAGGCGGUGCUCUGCAGCGUGGAGGAGGCCAUCAAUGUGACCAACCUGCUGUACACGCCCAGGCGGACGCGGGCACAGCAGCAGCCGAGGGGCCAGAAAAAGCGGCGCCAGGUCCAACCGGUGGUCACCUACAAGAUCCUGCCGCGCAAGCUGAUGGAGAAGCGACUGCUGCAGUUCAACUCCACGGAGGCGCCCCUCGUGGAGCUGCACCACAAUGCGACCUUGGCCGCCCGCGGGGUGCAUGUUGCUCUGCCGCCCGACAACCUGAUGGGCCUGGAGCAGCACGCCCUCUUCACCAAACUGAAGUUCGUGCAGUUUCUGAAGGGCAUCCGCAAGAUACUCGCGCGUCAGCGCAGGAGUCUGUGCAAGGCCACCGCCAAGGGAGCUUCGAAAGCGAUCCCGAUGAAGGAGGAGAGCAGAAAGUAG